AUAUUUCUGUCUGUGCUGUGUGCUGCGGUCUGUAAUCUCCUCCUCUGUUGAGUUGAGUUGUGUAUUUUUCGUGUAUUUUUCUUCUUAAAAUUCAUUAUUUUUUUCUUAUUUAAAAUAAGGAAUUUUGAUAAAUAUAUAAAUAAAACAAAAUUAAUAAUUUUGUUAUAUUUUUGUUUUAUAUUUUAACUCAAAAAAUAAAGAAGAAAAACUCAAAUCGUCGUCGUGUAACACACAUAAAAAAAAAACCAUUCACUUUGCUUGUAUUUUUUCUUCGUUUUGUGAGCUUGUGACAUUUAAGCAAUUUGUUGUUGUUUUUUCUUGUAUUCUCCGAGUGUGCAAUGAAAUUUGCACUUUUCUGUGCUAUUUGAUAGUUUUGCAAUCACAAUUCUAUGUUUUUUUUUUUCUAUUUUUAAUUUGAGUUUGAAGUUUCUGUGUGAAAAUAAAUUUCGAAAUCCACACAAAAUUAAUGUGGAACUUGUUUUCUCAACAAAAUGCAUUUAAUUUAAUGAAUUCUAAUUGGAAAGGAUAUUAUAGCUCAAACUGAGCAUUAAAAAGGAAGGAUGAAAAGAGCUUGGACAUAAUGGGUCAAUAUAAGCCAGAAAUUUUCUGUUAAAGAAAAUACAAAAAAAAAAAUCAAACAAAAGAAAAACAAAGAAAAUAUAAAUCUCAUUUUGAUUAAAACAAAAUUAAAAAUCAAAGAUCAAAUAUUUAAAACAAAUUAUUACAAAUAAAUAUUUAAACGAUUAAUUCUCACAUAAAAAAUAAUCACAAAUAAAAAAAAAAAAAAAACACACAGAAAUAAGCGAACAAAAAACAAAAAUAUUAUCAUCACAUCAUCAUUUAUAUUUUAUUAUUUAAUUAAUUCGUUUAUAUUUGUUUAUAUAAAAAAAAUAUAUGUAUAUGUAUACAAAAAGCAACACAAAGCAAAAUAUAUACACGCAUUCAUCACUUAGCAUGUAAAUUUAUAAAAAAAAAAAACAAAGAACACAAAAGUCUGCUCAUAUACAACAUCAUUUUUGUACAAUCGAAUGUCCUUAAAAUACUCCGCAGUAUUAAAUGUUUUGUUGCAUAUCAGAAAUAAAAACACACCAAAAUUGAAAAAGACCAAGCAAAUACAUAUAACGGAGAGUAAGGAUAAGCGAUAGGAGCUUUUUCCUACUUCCAGUAAUUUUCAUCAGAUGGCUCAUGUUGUUGGUGUGCCCAAGCGCGAUCCCUGUCAGAAAUGUGGUCUUCCUGUUUUCCUUGCCGAACGUUUAACGGUCGGCAAAAGAGUCUACCAUCGGACUUGCCUCAAGUGUGCCCGGUGUAGCUUCCAACUUACACCGGGCAGUUUCUAUGAAACUGAAGUUGAUGGUGAAUACUGCUGUGAGACAUGUCCAGACGAAGAGACUAGUUUGGAAAGUGAAACACAAGUUGUAAUGAGAACUCCAUCAACAGCACUAGCUGCUGGUGAUGUCAAUAUGGCAGCGACAAGACCCAAAAGUCGAAUUGCCGAUCGUCUUGCAUUUUUUGAAAAGGCUAAAGCUGAAGAAUCAGCCAGCAGUAGUAGUAAAGUUUUGCAAAAGAGUCUCAGUGAUGAAGAAAAGACUAAGAGUUUGAAGAAGAUGGCGAGUGGUGAAACAUCAUCGCCAUAUAAAAUGAAUGCUGCACUAAGUAGUUUCAUGAAUUCCACUCUUGACGAUGAGAUCGAUGCUGGAGUUGAUGUUGAAACAAAUGAUAACAGUUUCAAUUCAGCUCAAAUGGAUACUUCUGAUAGUAUUGAUAUUAGCAGUGAUUCGGAAGAUGAUGAAUCGGAGGACAAACCACCACAACUUCCGACAUCACUUCCACCAGAAGAAGAUGUCAAAGGCUCGACCCUAACAAGAACUCAGGUGUCACCUGAACCUGAUCAAACAAAAACUCUUAAGUCAGAAAUGAAGAUACAAUUAAUGCAGAAACAGGAAGAACCACUUACUAUGACUAAGGAGAUCACAUUAAAGACAACAACUGACACCACACCAAUCAAGGUGGCCCAAAGCAAUGAUGAGAUCAUAAACAAUUAUCCUGAAGUAGAAGAAUCCUUAUCUAGUACAUCAAUUAAAAUUACAAAACCAGCAGAUGAUCUUAAUCUAAGUAAAUCUAAUUUUGUUACCAAAGAUAAUACCGAACCUGAUGAGCAGAUGAGAACAACAAAUGCGACAAUAGUUGUUGAAAAACCAAAACCUACAUUGUCGCCGUCAAAUGAUAAACCAAAAUCUGAAUCUGUUGCUGGUCCGGCAGAAAAACCAAUUGUCGUCGAAGAGCAAAGUAGUCGUCAUCUAGUUCAAGACGAACAAGAUGAAGAUCAAGAUGAAAAAUCAAUUACUAUGCGUCAGCGACCAAUAACAUUGGAUAUUAAAACCAAUUGCAACAGUGACAUGACGGCUGCACAUGAGGAUGAAGAGACAGCAAAUCGCUUAAGUGUGGUGCGUGCUCGUCUACAUCAAUUCGAAGUAAUUGCAAAUAAUAAAACCCCUAAUGAUAAUUCUAUGAAUAAUAAAACCCCAGAGAACACCUCUAACAUUAACAGUAGUAGUAUUAAGUCAGAUAGCAUUAAGUCAAUUGUCUCAGAAGAAAAACCACAAGAAGAUGAGGAGGUAGAAAUGGUUCAAGAGACUAUUUCAAUUAAAACAGCUGAACUCCCAUCUUUGAAGGUUGAUGUUGAAGAAGUUAAAAAAAUGGAAUCAGAUGAAGUGCCUAAAAAUGAUGAAAAAGUUGAAGACAAUAAAAUAGAUAGUGUGUCAAUUGAAGAAAUAAAGAAACCCCAAGAAACCCAGAAGAUGGAUGAUGAUGCUGUCACAUCAGCAGCUAAAAUCGAGACUACUAUUGAGACGAGUCCUGUAGAUUCCCAGGCAAGUCUUAAGAAAAUUAUUCCAGUUGGAAUAGAAAAAUAUGAUGAAGAAGAUGACAAAACAAAACAACAACAACAAAUCAUAAACGAAACUGUAAUGGAAGAUAAGAAAUCCAACCAAGAAAAAGAAUUAUCCAAAACAUUUUUAUCUCCGGCCAAAGUAAAUCUCGAAUUAUAUCCCGAAGAGCUAAAUCCAUUUAAGAGUGACGAUGAAGAUGAAGAAGAUAUUGCCCCAUUACCGGUUGUAACUCCAGUGAAACCUGUGACACCUUUGGCCAGAAAAUCGUUACAACAAUCUUCUCCAUCAUCAUCAUCAUCACAAAGUGCGAAAAAAGAAGACAAAGAUCGAAGUUUGAAUCCAUUUGAUAGUUCGGAUGAUGAAGUUGAGAUGGAGAAAAAAGUUAAGCCACCACGUCCACCACCACCAAAGAUCUCCAAGAAUCCAUUUGGUAGUGAGGAUGAUGAAGUUGGUGAUGAGAAUUGCAGCAAGUCGGGAAAUAUUGAUAGGCCUUUGCCCGUGCCAAAACCAAGGACGACUGUAUCACAAUCGCAGCAUCAAACGCCCGAACCAACACCACGACUUGGCAGUAGACACUCAACCUCGAAUCAACAAGUCUCGCCAUUAAACAAUUUAGAUGACUUUUAUGGAAGUAAUUCCUCACUUGGCAGUACUCCACACAGUUUACAAAGGAAUACAGGUGUUCGAGGAUCAAAUAUCUCUUUAACAUCGUCCACUGGAACAAUCCGUUCAAGGAAGCAACAUAGAGCACCAGCUCCACCGUUGCCCGUCAAAGAACUAUUCCCGUCCAAUGAAACACUCGAUAGUAAAAAAUCAUCACCCAGUUCGAGUAAUUCGGCAACACCAAAUCAACGUCGUAAAAAACGUCCAGCACCAGCUCCACCAAAACCGGCAAGACUCUUAGAUCCAGCUGUAGUAUUGUCAGCAAAAGUCUCAGACCAAUUGACCGGUUCAAAAAACUCGCUUAAUUACCCUCUGCAGAGCGAUCUUGAUAAGUUAUCUGACGAAGAGAAAGCUUUGUUGGAGGGUAAUCGCUUGGCAAUUGAAGCUAGCGAAGAAAAAGAUAAAUAUAAUCAUCAUCAACAUCAUCAACCAGAUGAAUAUAUUGAGACUAGUAAAAAUAUAGUCCAAAAACUAAUUCCUUUGGAUAUUAGUUUACUCUCAGACUCAAAUGAUAGUCUGAUUAAGCAAAAAGAGGAAGAUAAUGUCGUCUAUCGACGGACAAUAAUUCCUAAAAAUAUUGUAACGACACCAACACAUGAUGAAGGUGGUCAUAUGGUUUCGCAUGAUCGGCAAUUGGAAAAAAUGAAAGACAACAAAGAGGCACAGAAUCGGAAUCGCCAGAGUCAAGUGUCAUCUGGAGCUGAAGACACUGAUCCUCUUUAUAAUAAAUCAUCGCAUGGAAAGUGGAAAAGGCGUAAAGGUCCAGCGCCGGCGCUACCGAUUCCACAAAGAAAAGUUUUACAAAUGCUUCCACUGCAGGAGAUACGUCAUGAAUUGGAUAUAAUUGAAGUUCAACAGCAGGGUUUGGAGAAACAGGGAGUCAUAUUGGAGAAGAUGAUUCGUGAUCGGUGUGAGGGACAAAAUGGAGAAUUAAAUGCUGGCGCAGCAGAAGGAACAAACGAUCCACAAACUGGACAUCCACAAAAUUCAAAAGAAGUCGAAGAUUUGAUAUUGCAGUUGUUUGAGCUGGUGAAUGAGAAGAAUGAAUUGUUCCGAAGGCAAGCAGAGCUUAUGUAUUUACGUCGUCAACAUCGUUUGGAACAAGAACAAGCCGAUUUGGAAUAUGAAAUUCGUGUUCUAAUGGCACAACCAGAGAGAAACAAGACGGAUACAGAUAAAGCACGUGAAGAGGCGCUUAUUGCUCGGAUGGUGGAAGUUGUACAGUUGCGCAAUGAAGUUGUUGAAUGUCUAGAAAUGGACAGACUGAGAGAAGCAGAGGAGGAUUUGAGUAUCAAACAGAGACUUGAAUUGCAUUCGGCAAAACGUGAAGAAGAAUCUAAUCGAAAUACGCUGAGUAAACUCUCCAAAAAGGAGAAGAAGAAACAAAAAGAGAGUAAAAAACUUGGUAAAAGUAAAAAGCUUGACGCAGAUAAGGAUGCCGAUGAAUCUGAACUUGGUACGGAAAAACAAAAACCCAAGAAGAAGAAGAAAAAGUUCCUGUUUUAGAAUCUUAGCCAAUGGAAUUCGAUAUUAAAAAUCUUUGGACUGAAUGAAGUUAACUACUAUAUUUUUUUUUUCGGAAACAAAUUAUUGUUAACAGAUUUAAAAACAAAAAAAAAAACUUAGAAAAAACUUUUCGCACAAACAAAACCUCCCAGCAUUUAGAGAUCGUAGUUGCAGGCAACAACAAAAUCCACAUCAACACCGUGUUCUCCCUUAGGCAACUACAUCGCUUACACCCCCUCUUGUGAUAGCUUGCAUUGCAGUGUAGUAAUAUUAUUUGAAAAACAAAACUAAAAAAAUUGUCAAAAGCACUAAAAACAUUUAUUAAAUUAUUUUUUUUUUGUUCUAAACAAAAAUCGGGAUAGAAUUCAUUUGGAAAAAAAAGAAAACGGUUUUGGUUGAAUUCUUAUUUUUUUAAGUCUUUUUUGUCAUUAUACAUAAUUUUUAUUUUGUUACAUUUAACUUUACAUAUGAAAACAAAAAACAAAAAAAAUCUCGUCGUCCCACUUCGUAAGUCUCGUUUGAAAGUUGACAUCUUCAUGUACAUUAAGUAUUUAAUUAUAAUUAAAAAACAUUUUAUUUCAUAACAAAAAAAA